GUGAUUAAAAAUUUUAUUUCUUCACUCUUUCCCAUUUUUUUCGGCAAGUUCCAUCUUGAAAUUUUUACAACAGAAGGCUAUUAAUAUUUCUAUAAUGCCUGGUACAACGGUUCCACCAAGUGAAGAAGUCGAUGAAUCCGAUUUCGUGUUUUAUUAUCUCGGAGAGUCCUAUCUACAUGAUCAAAAAACAAAUAACGAGGAGGUUCAAGAAUUUGUCAACCAAUAUGAAGCUGCUAAAGCUAAGAAUGAAGCUGCAGAAGCUAUGUCAGUUGACCAAGAAGCUGAAUCGGUGUCCAGUAUUAUGAAAGGCACUCGAUCAACAGUUGCUAGCGAUGUAGGAGAAGACUUUGAAUCUCUGGAAGUUGAUUGUUCUGUCGGGGAUGACGAUAUAGUGAACUUGUUGAAACGUGCUGCAACUCGACACUACGAUGCUUGUUUCGAACACACUGUGGACCAAAAUAUAUACCUCAAAUGUGCAGCUCUUCUGAAAAUGGACUAUAUAUGUAAGGAUUUCUAUAAUCUUGGUGGUACAGUAUGUUGGAACUAUCCCAAGAAUAUACUUAUUCCAAUUGCCUUUAAAUCGAACAGUCCAAAUACAUCUAAUGAAGAUGCAAAAGUGGAAGGCUCUGAGAUGACAAAUUUCGUCGAAAGUUUUAAGGACUAUCUUGACUUCUCAGAGAAAGCCUCUGUUGCUAGAUGUAGAAGUAGAUUCCCAGUUCCAGUUAUUUUGUACAAAAAUAAGUAUGUAUGCCGUUCAGGAACGUUAGCUGUUCGUAAAGGGGCAGUUUUCGAGGCCAUGAUGAAAUCUUCUAAACCUGGAAGUCAAGUCAUUGGUCAGUGGGUUGGUGAGCCAAUAUGGUCGUAUUUUUAUUCUUGUGCUGCAGACAUCGUCAAAAAAGUCCAGGAUGCUUUGUCUUUAAUGGUAUACGGAGUAGAAGAAAUGAAAAACAUCGAUGCGAAAAUUCUUAAAGUUCUGGAGGUUAAAUACAUAUGCGAUUUAAUGGUAGAAAAUCGAAAGUACCAUACUGGAAUGUGGGUGAGCUCGUCAGAAAAAAUAAACAUGGCUAAAUAUGGUGAAUUUAGAUGUUUGCGAAUUCCUUUCCCAGGUUGCGAAUUUUUCAAAGAGUACAGCAAAAUAAAAUCUUCUCCCGAAUAUGAAAAAGAUAAGCAGAGUUUAGUGUUUGAUUGGGAAUCGCCUGAAGUAGAUUCUAAUCUUGGAUUUGCCGUGGAAGAAGCAUUGCCGUUUCCGGAAUUUGAUUGGAAAUCAUACACAAAUUGGGAUUUAGUGACUUUGACAAAGAACUACAUGAAGUUACUCCUUCAUUUUCUAGAAAAUGCUGAAGGUGGACUCCUCGUGCAUUGCAUAUCAGGAUGGGAUCGGACUCCUUUGUUCAUUUCCAUGCUGAGGCUUUCUUUGUGGGCUGACAACCUUAUUCACAAAGAGCUUGACGUUCACCAAAUGGCAUAUUUUACUAUAGGCUAUGAUUGGUACCUUUUUGGACACAAUUUGCCUACGAGAUUGCAUAAGAAUGAGGAGAUCAUGCAUUUCUUUUUCAAAUUCUUGCCUGAAAUUGCAUCUCCUGAGUAUUCCCUAAUAAAGGAUUCGGAGGACAAACCGAAGCUCCUGCAAAAGAGAAGAUCUUUAAUUGAAAAUGUGAGCAAAUUGGUCUUGGACCACUACGGCGAGAGCACUUCGAUUGCACAGCCGGUAGCCGAAGACAUCCUUGUUGAUACUACCGAUGCAUGAGGAUACUGAUUACUGAUGUUUACUACUGAUGAUUGAAGUUGAAGACAUAUUUUAAUGCUAAUAUAAGGGCUAAUAUUGUAUAUUUUAACUGAAUUUAAAGUUAUUUGUAUUUCCUGAUUGCUUUCUGUAAGACUGUUUUACCAUAAACUUAAUAAAUUUAAUGUUUUCAGAUA